AUGGGGAAAUACAUACAGAGCUUUCUGGAAGAUCGAACAUUUGUUGUUUCGGUAAACGGCAAGGAAUCUGAAUCAAAAUUACAAGAGAAUGGAGUUCCUCAGGGCGCUGUUAUAUCAGUUACCCUGUUCCUCAUUGCCAUGAACUCAGUAUUAAGCAGAAUUCCAAUCAACGUCAAGCCUUUAAUUUACGCCGAUGAUAUUCUCCUAAUGGCAUGGGGUAAAGACCAAAAAACUGCGCGAGCAAAUAUCCAGCAAGCUGUCGACAUCAUUGACUGCUGGUCAAAAGAAGUAGGAUUCACAUUGUCUUCGAUAAAAUCCCAAAUUCUACACGUAUGUCGCAAAAACAAACACCUAGAAGCCCCUCCUAUCCAGAUUGAUGACCCACAAGUUCAAGAAGUGCAAUCAGCUAAAGUCCUUGGCCUAACCAUCGACCGACGCCUCCGCUUUGGGGUGCACGCCAGAGAAUGUAAGCAAUCCUUGGGAGCAACCAGCAGACUGUUCGAAAUGAUUGGCAAUCGCAUGACUGGAGCCAACCGACGCACCCUAAUGAAGCUCCAUCGUAAUCUGACAAUCCCAAAAAUGUUUAAUGGUGUCGGAUUGUAUAGUCUAGGCGGGGGAAAAAUUUUAAAAACUCUGGAACCAGCCUACAAUUCAAUCAUUCGUAGUGUAACAGGGGCCUUUAAAUCCAGCCCUGUUUUAUCGAUAUACGCUGAAUCCGGUCUCUUACCGUUCCGAUACACUUAUGCCGAACAGCUUAGUCUCAAAGCCAUACAAAUGUAUCAGAGAUCUGAGACGCUGGCAGAGAAUGCGGUAUUUUGCCAUCCCAUGAUUGAUCGUACCAAUAGAACACUAGAAAACCUUUGCUUAGAAACUUUAAGUCCCAUCGAGCCAAUUCUACGACAUGGUUAUCGCCCUUGGCACUUGCGUUCCCCGGAAAUCGACUGGACAUUUAAAAACUCACUCAAAGCUGGAGUCUCCUCGAUCAAAGCAACUAAAAUGUUUCGAGAACACGUAAUCCGGAAAUAUAACAGCUUCCAUCAAACGAUUACGGAUAGUUCUGUUGUUGGGAACCAAGUCGGAUCAGGAAUCUGGUCUAAAACAUUUGAAUUCAGCAAACGGUUACCGAAGGAGUGCUCUAUAUUCUCAGCGGAAGCCUGGGGAAUUUUAAAAGCCGUUAAAAUGGUGACAACAUCCAACAUACCAACGAUUAUUUUCUCCGAUUCGGCCAGCUGUGUAAAUGCCAUCGAAGGCGGAUCAUCAAAACAUCCUUGGAUUCAGGCGACCGAAAUCGAAUCCCGAAAUAAGAACGUGGUUUUCUGCUGGAUCCCUGGACACGCCGGAAUUCUCGGUAACGAGAAAGCUGAUCAGCUCGCGAACGCUGGUAGAUACCUGGAAACGUCCGACAUGAAAAUUCCUGCACAAGACGCAAAGAGGCAAAUUAAAUGUAACAUACGGAAAAUAUGGGAAGACCAAUGA